GGAAAUUUCCCCAAUCAUAUGAUAAAAAAAAAAGAUUGGAGCCAGUCGAAAAUUUUACACGACGGGCUGACUUGGAGUAGCGUACACGCACAUAUUUUAAACUAUUCCUGAUUUUCUGCAAGAAUCGUCAGAUCGUGAAAAGAAUUCCAUCGGCGAAAUCUUAAAAAUUACUCUGUGAAAAACGAAAAAGAAAAUUUGCAAAGAUGGCACUCAGCGACGCAGAUGUACAAAAACAGAUCAAGCAUAUGAUGGCUUUCAUUGAGCAAGAAGCCAAUGAAAAGGCAGAAGAAAUCGAUGCUAAGGCCGAAGAAGAAUUCAACAUUGAGAAAGGACGUCUCGUACAGCAACAGCGUCUCAAGAUCAUGGAAUACUAUGAAAAGAAGGAAAAACAGGUUGAACUUCAAAAGAAAAUUCAGUCGUCAAAUAUGCUGAAUCAAGCUCGUUUGAAGGUUCUGAAAGUUCGUGAGGAUCAUGUACGCAACGUUCUUGAUGAGGCACGUCGUCGUCUUGGUGAAGUUACGAAAAAUCCCGGCGAGUAUAAAGAGGUGUUACAGAAACUUAUCUUGCAAGCCCUGUACCAGGCGAUGGAGCAAAACGUUACCCUACGCUGCCGUCAGGCCGAUAUUGGCCUAAUUAAUGAAGUGUUGCCCGCCAGUCUUGAAGAAUACAAAAAUAAAAUUGGCAAAGAUGUAAAUGUGCACAUUGACACUGAUAACCAUCUUUCAGCGGACACCUGUGGUGGAAUUGAACUAAUUGCUCUGAAUGGACGUCUUAAGGUGCCUAACACCCUUGAGUCCAGAUUAGAACUGAUCGCGCAACAACUUGUGCCAGAGAUUCGUAAUGCUUUGUUCGGCCGCAAUACCAAUCGUAAAUUCACCGAUUAAAUAUUUUAAGUGAAAACAUGCAACAAAUCCCAACAGACAUUUAAAUUCAACAAACAUAGUUUAAAAAUAUAAAAGGUAUAUGAAGAAUAGAAAUACUGAAAAAGGCAGUUGAUUGAUUGCGAGUCAUAAUAUAUUUUAAAAAGCAAAUAAGAUUUUCAUUUACCUAAAAUUUGCGGUUAAUUAACAGAAAUGUCAAGUUAAAGGAAGAGUCGAUAAGUGGGAAUGUAAAAAUGUAAUAUCAGUGUUUGAUAUAAGAAAAACAAUGCAAUUUGUUUUCUUGAAAGUGAAAGAAGAGAAGACUAACCGAAUGACAACCUCUAAGCAAUUAUUAUGAAUCAAUUUCGAAAUUAAUUAAAGAAGUGCAAUAUACUUCAUAUUAUUAUUCACUUCAACAUUUAGCUGCCCAUUUAGUUCAUCAGAGUCAAAAAAAAAAAAAACAAGUAGUGAAGAUAUUUGUGUUAUGGAAAGAAAUUUUGUUAAUAGCAAGCAUAUUAGAAAAGGUCAAAAUUCACAAAAUCCUUGGUUAUAAUUAAAUAAAGAAGUGUUAAGCUUAAAUUUAUAUAAUAGCAAAUAAAUAAACAAUGCAAUACAUAAAUUAUAAAUAUUAAUCAAUGCAUACUCACAUACAUUUAUACACAUACAUUCCUGUACAAAAACAAAAUUGUUGCUAGCUAAUUAUAUAAUUUUUAUUUGCUUUCUGAUUAACUAACGAGCAUGCUUUGUUAUUAAUUUUUUAUUCAUGGAUUCAUUUAGAUGAAAAUCUUAAAAUUGUCUUUGUUAUGUUUAGUGUGAUUUGUCCACAUUUUUGGUUUUAUAAUGUAAAUUCACCCAUAUUUAGUUACGUUGUACUAUAACAAUUGUCGUUGAUUUUCUAAUGUCAAAUAAUAUAACUAGCUGUAAUGUAGAUGGAUUAAACAUACGAUACAAUACAACACUACAGGCACCACAUACUUAUCCUUUAAAAUCAACCGUUGUAAAAUUGUUAUAUGACAGCAAAUUAAAGUACAAUGUUACGGAUAGACUUGUAAUGACCUUUCACGAUUUGUGAAUGUUGAAGGAGUAAUGAAACAUAGUGGUGUGCAUAGUUUUAUUCAGUGCAGCAUGCAAUAAGUAAAUUACAAAAAAAAAAAAAAUCGUGCUCUCAA